CAGACAACAUGGUGGCGCACAGUUCCAGGUGCUGAAGAUUGUUCACACUUCAGAGAUGCUGAGCCUCAUCUUCAUCGUCUUCCUCUUCGCGGGUCACGUGUCAGCCUCGGAGGUUAAAGGUGAAUCCACUUCGUUCAGGGUCAGGGUCAGGGGUCCUCAGGAUGAGCAGGGACACACUGACAGCUGGGUCACGCGUCUGUGGCACAACCGCCUGUACCUGUACUCAGCUGCUGCGCUGGCGUUCGGGGUCUGGUUCUCCCUCAAGGUGGCUCUGAAGAAGAAAAGCUUCCCCAAGCCUGUUGCUCAGGGGGUCUACGAAGCUGUGCAGAGCAACGACCGCUCAGACUCUGUGGAGCACGUGUCGGGAGUUAAGAUCUUCUACGGUUCACAGACUGGAACAGCAAAGGGUUUUGCAAACAAGCUGUCGGAAGAGGUGAAGACUUUGGGAAUACCAGCAGAGGUGACUGACAUGAAAGACUACGAUCCAGACGAUCGACUGGCUGAUGAGUGCACCAGUAAGUCGGUGUGCGUGUUCCUUGUGGCCACGUACACGGACGGACAGCCCACGGAGAACGCAGAGUGGUUCUGCAAGUGGCUGGAGGAGGCGUCGACUGAUUUCCGAUACGGGAAGACCUUCCUCAAAGGCCUCCGAUACGCAGUAUUUGGUCUGGGACACUCUGUCUACCAAGGCCACUACAACACGGUGGGUACAAAUGUGGACAAGUGGCUCUGGAUGCUGAGUGGCGUGCGCAUCAUGACCCGAGGAGAGGGCGACUGUAACGUGGUGAAGAGCCGUCACGGCAGCAUCCAGGCCGACUUCCAGGCCUGGAAGGUGAAGUUCCUGGAGCGGCUCCAGGCCCUGGCCAAGGCGGAGAAGAAGACCUGCAGCAGGGACUGUAAAACCGGAGGCUCCUGUAAGAAUCAGAAAGAAGAUGGAGCUGUGGUGGAGGAGCAGCAGGAGGAGGAGGAGGAGGAGGCAGCGCCGCAGGAAGUCAGCUCCGAGGAAGAACUGCUGGAAUCCAGCAGUGACGAGGACGAGUCAGGGACGCAGGACGAGAAGAAAUCCGGUUCCGUGGUGGACAUGGAGGAUCUGGGCAACAUCAUGAACAGCAUGAAGAAAGCCAAGAGCAAAGAGGAGGGUCGAGGAGGCGGACAGAUGGUGAAGCUGACGAAGCUGAACGGCGUGAAGAAGACUGGGGAUGAAGAGGAGAGGAGAGAGAUGAUUACCCCGGCCCUGAGAGAGGCACUGACCAAACAAGGCUACAAACUAAUUGGAAGUCACUCAGGAGUGAAGCUUUGUCGAUGGACCAAGUCUAUGCUGCGAGGGAGAGGAGGCUGCUACAAACACACGUUCUACGGGAUUGAGUCCCACCGCUGCAUGGAAACCACCCCCAGCCUCGCCUGUGCUAACAAGUGCGUCUUCUGCUGGAGACAUCACACCAACCCAGUGGGCACAGAGUGGCGCUGGAAGAUGGACCCAGCAGAGAAAAUCCUGCAGGAGGCCGUGGAGAAGCACCAGAGCCUCAUUCGACAGUUCAGAGGGGUUCCUGGCGUGAAGCCCGAGCGCUACGAGGAGGGUUUGGCAGUCAAGCACUGUGCCCUCUCCCUGGUGGGCGAGCCAAUCAUGUACCCCGAAAUCAACACCUUCAUCCGCCUCCUCCACUCCCAACACAUCUCCAGCUUCCUGGUCACAAACGCACAGUUUCCAGAGGAAAUCAGGACUCUGGUGCCAGUUACCCAGUUGUAUGUGAGUGUGGACGCGAGCACCAGAGACAGCCUGAAGAAGAUUGACCGGCCACUUUUCAAGGACUUCUGGCCACGUUUCCUGGACAGCCUCAAAGCCCUGGGGGAGAAGAGACAGAGGACGGUGUACAGACUGACGCUGGUGAAGGCCUGGAACGUGGAGGAGAUGCUGUCGUACUCGGAGCUCAUUUCUCUGGGUCAGCCGGACUUCAUUGAGGUCAAGGGCGUGACGUACUGUGGGGAGAGCGCUGCCAGCACCCUGACCAUGGCCAACGUGCCCUGGCACCAGGAGGUGGUCGCCUUCGUCCAGCAGCUCGCCGACAUGCUGCCCCAGUACGAGAUCGCCUGUGAGCACGAGCACUCCAACUGUCUGCUCAUCGCACACACCAAGUUCAAGGUGGCCGGCGAGUGGUGGACGUGGAUCGACUAUGAGCGUUUCCAGGAGUUAGUCCGGGCCCACGAGGAGAGCGGGGGCGAGCGGAGCUUCUCGGCCUUGGACUACACCGCUAAGACCCCCAGCUGGGCUCUGUUCGGGGGGGCCGAGCAGGGAUUCGACCCGACGGACACGCGCUUCCAACGACGCAACAAAACCAAAGACAUCUCAGGAUGCUGAGAGAGAGAGAGAGAGAGAGAGAGGAUGGACAGAGCGAGUACUGAUUACAAAGAAUAAGCCUCAAUGAUGAUUUUAUUCCUGUUCACUUUGAGUGGACGGUUACUUUUUUACAGCAGCUUUCAUUCUCUUCUGAAUUUAUAUUCUGUUCAUUGAUCUUUAAUCGUUUUGGCUCCUCCAGAAACUUCCAGAAUCACUUCCAUCUCACUUCCUCCCUCACAUUCCACUUUGCGGUUGUUUUGACCUGCUUCUUCUUUUAUUCGUUCAUGUUUAUAGAUGUUCUCCCUCUCUUUCCGUUCGUAGGGGUCAUUAUUAUAAAUGUCUCUUGAUUUAAUCUUUGAGUCCGGUAGCACUUAGGGAGAUUCUACCCGGUUGAAGUGGAACCUGGUGGAACCUCCACAAUCAUCAGACUCAUUUCUGAUGUGUUGUUUUAUAGCCCAGGACCUGAUUAGCAUGUGAGGAGCGUCUCUUCCACUUCUCCUUGUGGGAGUUGCACAUCCUUCCCAGACACCUCUUGCUCUUCCACCUCCUCAUUAGGACGGUGGCUGCUUCUCCUCUGCAGUGAGAGAGGAGCAUCAAAGAUACAGCCCCCCCGGUAGAGGCUCUUUACUGCGCUCUUUGUGUUUUAGCUUUUUGCUUCGUUUUUUAACCCCAAGUCCAAUUGUUGCUCUGUUGCAAAUUCAUCCAUUGUCGGCUUUGCUUGGUUCCAAAGCUCCGAGCCGGGAGAGUUUCAGCUUCUCACAAACGGUUUACACCAUUCGUACAGGUUUUGCUCCACAUAAGUAGAAAGUGGGUUUUAUUACAAAACAUUCCAACAUUAUAAUGAAUGUAUUUGACUUAUUUCGGUAUCUUGAUGUUGAAAACACUUUGGGUAACACUGCUUGAUUUCAGUCUCAGGAAAACAAAGCCAUCAGAAGCUGCUCUCAGUCAUGCACCAACAUUUUCCUGAAAUAUUAUAGAGGGGUUGAAUGUCUGAUGUCCAAAUAUCCGAUUGGCUCCAGAUAUUUUCCAGAACUUUUUCUAGAAUAAAAUAUCCAGUAAAUGUCUGAGUGAGUUCUUGUCAGAAUACAGCAGGAAAAUAUCUGGAAAAAUUCACAAGAAUUGAAAUACCUCAGGAUGAAAAAUUUUAGUUGGACAAGAAGACGUCAACUUGUUAAGACAAAGACAAAAUAGAGUUUUGGACGAUAAAGUCCUGACGCCUGUCGAUGUUCUGCACAUAGGCUCCACCCCUCGCCUGAAUAUCCUGCACCCAGUUUCCCAGAGUUCAUGUCUGAAACCAGCUUUGUUAUAGUACCUUACAGUCGGUUCUGGUCCUGAAUCCUCUCAUGCCUUCACAUCUCUCAGCUCCCCGGUGAAUAGACACAACAUUUGGCUCAGAGACAUAAACAGUUAAUGUACGAAUCAGCUGAUCCAGGUUCAGUCCACAUCCAGGAGAGGGGAGGAGCCUCACGAGCAGUCAUGUGACUUCAGUCCAGCGUUUCUGAGGAAACAGCCUUUUCUGAUGUUUUUAGUUUACGUUCAUUUUAAUGCGUUGUCUUUUUGAAUGUGAGACCAGAUUGAUGUAGAUGUGUGUUUCUGUCGGGAUGUUGCAGGUGUGUGGAAAUCGUCACUGUAAUAAAUGUGUUGGU